CAGAAACCUCACAACAACACCGUCCACCAACACCUUCCACAUCCCCAAACCCGCUCAUCACAGUCGCCUCAUCUCCGCGAUCCUCGCCGCAAAAUCUGCCAAUCCCCAAUCCCAAAUCAAUCCCAACCCCAAAAAAUGGCCCGCGAAACCCGCGCCGCGACCGGCAACUCGCGCCCGCGCAUCUUCGAGGCCCCUCCCUCGCCCGUCGCGCCGCGCAAGCGCGCCGCGCCCAAGCCGAAGGCCAACACAACUGCAAAGCGCGCACCGAAGAAGGCUGCUGCUGCGGGGAGCAAGCCGGUUGGUGUGAAGAAGACUACGGCGGCGCCAAAGGCAGGGGCUGCAGCUGUUGUUAAGGCGAAGGUGGAGAAGGUGAAGAAGGUUGUGGAGAAGAAGGCCGCACCAGCCAAGAAGGAGAAGGCCCCAGCGGCACCCAAGACGGUCGUUGCGAAGAAGUAGACGCGUCUCUACCCGCCUCAUGGACACCACACCGCACUCACAUACAAAAAACCGGCAGGGCGGACCGAGGAUUAUAUAAGGGUUGGAACCAUGCGUUUUCUGUCUAGCUGACUUGUCUAUAUCUGGCACUCUCUCUCUCUCUCUCUCUUUUUAUGUUUUCCUUUUUGUGCUUUUUUUCGGAACCGGGUUAUGGACCUACACCUCGCUUUUCAUGUGCUCCUCUUUCGAUGUUUUCUACUAAGGUUUGGGCUUGGCUGGGAGGAGAGCGACUUAUCAGGGUUUUUUUAUGGGGAGGAGCGUUCGAGCAAGCGGGU